AUGUCUGAAUUUCUCGGGUCUCGCAUUUCCCUCAUCUCCAAAAGCGAUAUUCGCUAUGUUGGCACUCUACAUGAAAUCAACUCGGACGAGUCAACAGUAUCACUUGAAAAUGUGAGGUCAUUCGGUACCGAAGGUCGUAAAGGCCGACCUGACGAAGAGAUUGCCCCCUCCGACCAAGUCUACGAGUACAUCGUAUUCCGAGGCAGUGACGUGAAGGAUCUACGAAUUGAGGACCAUCCCAACAUCAAGGAGAACAAGCCUCCAGCUGUGCCCGAUGAUCCGGCCAUCGUUGGCGCUCGAGCUCGCCCUGGAGCCCAAGGGCCUAACCAAAAUGCUCCACCAGGAGGACCUGCUGCUUUCGGCCCAGGCCAAGGACCUUACCCACCCAACAACUUCUAUGGAGGCCCACCACCAGGAAACUGGGGUCGUGGUGGUGCACCAGGACCUGGCCCAGGCCCUAACUUUGGGAACAUGUCGUAUCCCCCUCCUCCUGGCUGGUUCCCUCCUGGCCAGGGAUUUCCGGGCGGCCCUGGUGGACCCAACGGUCCCGGAGGUCCUGGAGGUCCCGGUGCUCCUGGUCCCAACGCACCUGUUGAAGUUGCCGCGAACCAACGAGCCGCUUCAGGCUCUGGUCCCUCGCAAGAUGCGAAGCCAGCUCCUAUCGGUCCUGGCGCCGAUCGAGCCAAGCCAGCCACUCCCAGCGGACAGGCAGCGCCUCCCACGGAACCCAAAUCGCUGGCUCAAGGUGUGCGACAGUCCUCCCAUGCCCCUACACCACCUGUCGAGUCGAAACCUUCGGUUGAGGAAGUCAAGCAGACUGCUGCGAACCUAGCAGCCAAUGGCCAAGCAAAGCCUGAGGACAUUAGCAAGGCUACUCCUACUGGACCCAGGAAUCACCGGGUCAACCCUGUGAUACCUUUGACAGGAUCCGCUGCCAAGCCCUUCUCCCUACCAGGCGCAGGAGGUGAUGCUGCCAGCAAGGCUCCUGCAGCUACUGCACCACCUAAUGUUCAGGAUGCCACCAACGCUGCUAGGGCUGCGGUCGCUGUUGCUAUGGCCCAAUUGGGCAACAACAGUGGCAACGCUAUGGAUAAUCUGACGAACAAGGUCAACGAGAUGCGGGUCAACGCUGUCCGAGGCGGACCUGCAAGCAGAGGCCGAGGUCGUGGUGGGCGUCCGCCUGCCGCUAAGGUCGCGGUUCCCGACUCUGACUUCGACUUCGCCCAGUCUAAUGCCAAAUUCAACAAGCAAGAUGUGGUCAAGGAGGCUAUUGCUGGAUCCCCUUCGGAGGCGCCUGAAAACCCUGCUGUCGCCGAGCAACCUGAGAUCUCGACUACGACUGACGAUGCUGCUGUUGCCUACAACAAGUCGAGAUCGUUCUUUGACAACAUCUCCAGCGAAUCCAGAGAGCGAACCGAAAACGGAGGACAGAAGCCCGGCGGUCGCGAAUGGAGGGGCGAGGAGCAACGCAAGAACAUGGAGACCUUUGGUCAGGGCAGCGUCGAUGGUGCUUAUCGCAACUACCGUGGUCGAGGCCGUGGUCGUGGUCGGGGCGGUCGUGGCUAUGGCCGCGGUGGACGAGGUGGAAACCGUCCUCAGUAUCAGACCACACCUGCUCAACAAUAA